GAAGAUGACGAAAGAAUACAGAAUUAAGCUUAACCUGGCUAAUUCGUGUAUCCGACUCUGCUUAGUAGUAGUACUAGUUGUCCUUGCAAGUCUAACUAUCCCAUCGGAUUGUUUCCGUCAUGAUGACCAUUAUCCCAAAACCAUUGCUGCCCUCUUCGUCUUUGGUGAUUCACUCAUUGAUCCUGGGAAUAACAACUACAUCAACACAAGUACACGCUUCCAGGCCAACUUUCCCCCAUACGGAGAAUCAUUCUUCAAAUAUCCAUCGGGAAGGUUUUGCGACGGCCGGGUAAUUACGGAUUUUAUUGCUGAAUACGCAAAGCUCCCUUUCAUUCCACCUUAUCUCCAAAUUGGCUACCAAUAUCAGUUGGCUUAUGGUGCAAACUUUGCAUCUGCUGGCGCCGGUGCUCUAGUUGAAACCUAUCCCGGAUCGGUUGUCGACCUUAAAACGCAGUUGUGGCAUUUCAACGAGGCUGAAAAACUAUUGAGAUCCAAUAUCGAUAGAAGAGGAGCUGAGCGAAUCGUAUCCAAUUCUGUUUACUUGUUUAGCAUAGGGGCAAAUGAUUACUCGAGCUAUUCAAGAAAUUCCAACAUAUUUAAGUCAUUUACCCCUGAGGAUUAUGUAGCAAUGGUGGUUGGCAACAUUACAGCUGCUCUCGAGGUAAUAUACAAGAAAGGUGGGAGAAAAUUUGGAGUUGUAAAUAUGCCGCCUCUAGGCUGUGUACCAGCCUCUAGGGCUGCCGAUUUGGCUGCUGGAGGGACUGGAGAGUGCAAUGGACAGAUGACAGCUUUGGCCAAGUUACAUAAUGUCUUACUUUCCAAAAAACUCGAGCACCUGCAGAAGCAGCUCAAAGGCUUUAGAUAUUCAUAUUUUGACUUUUUCGCAGUUUUUGUUGAUUUACUUGACAAUCCAUCAAAAUACGGCUUUAAGGAAGUGAAGAGUGCAUGCUGCGGCAGUGGUCCUUUCCGAGGAGCAAAUAGCUGCGGAGGGAGGUGGGGGAUAAAAGAUUACGAGCUUUGUGGCAAUCCACAAGAUUAUUCCUUCUUUGACUCCGGUCAUCCUACUCAAGCUGCCAACCAGCAGUUCGCGGAGCUCAUCUGGGCUGGACCCUCCAAUGUUACUGGCCCUUAUAAUCUCAAGUCACUUUUUCAGCUUUCAUUGUAACCUGAUCUACUCAAGAUUGAAGUUCAUUACUAAGGGACCAUUUGUGACA